UGUUUAUCUUCCUUUUGUUUAAGGAACAAUAGUACGAUAUAUUCUUCUCUUGUAAGGGGAUGUUAGAUAAUGAUAACAGCCUUUCUAUAUCACAAAAACUAUUAAAGAAGAUCUCAACUCGCGAUAUUAAUACAGACUCUAACAACAUGGAUUCAUCUCCUGAGAUUGCUAAAAACCAAAUUUUAACUGAACAAGUCUAUCAAAACGACUCGAGAUUUCGAAAAUAUGUUCAACUCGUCGAGAAAAACUUGCAGUCAUUUGAUGCAGUAAACGAAUGGGCUGAUAUCAUCUCUUUUCUCGGCCGACUACUCAAAUCUUUCCAAGCAUAUCCUCAAUUUCCAAUUAUACCGCGUAAACAGCUCGUUGCCAAGAGAUUAGCGCAAUGUUUAAAUCCAGGUUUUCCCGCCGGCGUUCAUCAAAAAACUCUCGAAGUUUAUGCGUUUAUUCUUAAAACAAUUGGUUCAAAUCAAUUGUCUGCAGAUUUAGCAUUGUGGUCAACAGGUCUAUUUCCUUUUGUUCAGUACGCUGCUACACAUGUCAAGCCUCAACUACUGAAUAUAUUUGAGACUUAUUUCUUUCCUUUACAUGCCAAACUUCGUCCAGCCAUGAGAGGAUUUAUUAUUGCACUAUUACCAGCGUUGGAAGAAGAAGGGAGCGAGUUUUUCGAUAAAGUUGUUUUAUUGAUUGAAAAACUAUCAGAAACAGUGGAAUUGCCUUUCUUUUAUUCGUGUGUGUGGCUAGUGAUGAUAAGUAACCCAAGUCUCAGACCUCCUGCUUUGAAUUAUCUUUUACGAAAACUACCCAAGAUUACAGACAAAGAAGCUGUGGCAUUAGUGUUGGGAGGAAAAGAAAAUGUGAGUUUGAUGGUAAGAGCCUUUGCUGCCACCUUAAACGAUCACCAAUUACUUGUACAACGUGGAAUACUCGAAUUACUUGUUCAGAACUUUAUACUCAAAAACUACAUGAUUCCUCAUGAAGAUUUAGUGAUUUUGAUGCGAGCAGCGCUAGGUAUUGUACUUCGAAAAGACAUGUCCCUGAACCGUCGAUUGUAUGCAUGGUUGUUGGGAAAUGACACCAAGACCCAAAUGGCGUAUUUUAGUCAAUAUGCUGAAAAGGCAGCGACACAUGCUAUCCGUAGUAUGCUUCAACAACAGCAGCAGAGACAACAAGAUGUGGAACACCAACAACGACCCUACAAAAUCUUGAUCUCGCUUAUGGACAAAUGGGAAUUGGGUCAACCUAUUGUCAACAAUGUCUUUCUUGAUUCGCUUGCAAGCCUAAAGCAACAACAAAAGCAGCAACAAAUAGAGCUUCUCAAGACAGCUAAUAUGUGGAUGGAUAUGGUUGAACCGUACUUGAUUUGUCUCAAAUUAUUCGAAGUGAUUGACACAUCAUUUCCAGUAACAACUCGAAAAUCGACCGGACAGUUGGAAAACUUAAAGUUAAUGGAGUUUACAUUGGAUUCAUUUCAACUGGCAGACGAUGAAAUCAGACAAAUCCACUUGCCUUUGAUUCUCGCUGUCCUCACGCGUAAAUUGAAAGACGCACACCACGACCCUACAUUUGUUGAGAGUCUGCCACUUGUCAACCAAGUCAUUGUGCUAAUCCUUCGAGUACUUGAAAAACUACCAACAUCUGUGUUUUCAGAACGACCUAUUACUCAGCAAGAUCGAAAACGAUUUCAGCCAGAAAUGAAUGUCUUGGAUUUUGCUCGCGAAUUCUACAACUACCCUGUAUCAGCUCAUCAUGUAGAAAACGAAAACAUAGAAGAAAAUGAAGAGAAUGAAGAGACAGGGGAUUUGUCCAACAACACGCAACUGCCUCAGCCUCUCACCAUGCAAUUUCAGCCUCGUUCUGGCUAUGAUUCAUUAAGUGGCCAAGUACUUGUAAAAGAAGUGGCAGAAAACCUUUCCAGCUUCUUGAUUGAUUUUGUCAAUAACUAUAUUGUAUCACAGAACCUACAGAGUGGAAUCGAUGUGGGUGCAGAAGGAAAGCGUUUGAAAGAUAUUGAACAUGAGUUGGAGCGUGUCUUUUUAGGUGUCUGUACUGCUAUGACAAGUAUUGCUAAACAUGCUAGCAACCCAUUCGAACUGGAUCGUAAGGAUGCGUUGACCAACAUCCUGUUGAAAUGCUGUCAAGAAACAAAUAUUUUUGGUAUAGUAGAUGCUGGUCUAUCUACCUUGACCUUUUUGAUCAAGAGUCAACAGUUUGUUCAACUUUCAGCAUUAAAACAAAUAUCAGAAGUGAAAGCUAUCAUGGAUCGUUUGUGGGGAUUCUUGACGCCUUCUAUGGAGCUAUUACAUAUGCACACUGUAGAGCUACUUUGGUUACUGGCUGAUGCUUCACAGCCUCAUCAAAUUGAAACAAUUGUGUCCAACUACCUUAUACAGCCAGAAAACGAUCAAGAACGACUUUUGAAUUUUGAGAAGUUCGGUGUUGUCUGGGAGAUGUCUGAAAACAUACCUGAAGCAAGCACUGUAUUCUCAAGACCUAUCUUUCUCAUCCUAGACCUGUUGAGAGAAGGCACGUCUCCUCUAGACAGAAGAGCGGGUGAAUCAUGGAUUCGAAUUCAUUUAAAGAGCUAUGUACGCUUACUGAAGCCCUUUAUGAUGACCUUACUUGACAAGCAUAUAUUGCGUAGACCAGCUAAAUUAGACGUUGAUUGGAAGAAUCAAAUACUCAAAAAGAAAGUAAACAGGACUACGGAAGUAUCUUACUUCUUAUACAUGCGCCCGUUCGAUACAGAUAUUGUAGAUUACAUGUUAACGACGUUGAUUACAUUAAUUACGUUUGGUGGCACAAAAGUACUCAAGACGUGUAAAAGUCACAUUGUAGACAAUGAAGGACCAAUUGGUAUAGCAGCACAACAAGUACUAGAAUAUGAUGCAACUAAACCACUUUCCUUUUUGGAGCUUUUGGUCUUGAUCUCUCUUAAAUUCUUAGAGACAGAACCUAAUGUAAAUCUCAAGACGCUUUCAAAACCUGUUAGCAGUAUACAGCUUCACGCGGCUGAUUUACUUUAUUUGAUUAUUUCCAAACUUGAUUAUGUGAACAUGAGCCUUGUUCAACAGAUCCAAACCAGUGUGUUACACAAAUUGCUCUUCUGUCUAGCCAGCAACAAUCUAGAUUUACAACAAAAACUGCUUCAUUUAUUACAUGCUUCACUUGCUAUCACUUGUGCAAGCACACAGCAAGGCAAAAAAGAAGCCACCAGUCCAAAUCACCAACGAAAGGCAUCGACAGACAGCAUUCAAUCCACCACUUCUUCUACCACCGCUACAAACUAUAAUGAAGCCAUCUUGCUAAUGCAAAACCAGUCUGAGCUGUUUGUCAAAUGCGUCACUGACGCUCUUGUCCUACCUGCCAAUCGGUCUAUGCUCCAGAUUUGGGUUGAUUUUAUAUUGGCUACAUUACCUUACAUUAAGUAUGGUUUUCGGUGCAUGUUGGUGCCUAUCCUUAUGUGUAUAUGCCACCAAAUUAGCUUGCGUUGCAAUACCAUUGAAAUCAUGGUUCAUGAAAAACCUGAUCUAGCCUCAUGCGUGUCUGCUGAAAAAGAACUCGUUAUUCUACUGAUAGGUUUAGAAAAAAUCUUGAUGUUUUGCUUGACUGAACGUGUGAUAAACGAUGAUUGGCUUAAGGCCACAGGUGAUUUACCAAUGCCUUAUAUACCUGAUAACUCUGUUUUGAUUGGGCUUGCUCAAGUGAUGCAUGAUGCUGAACAUUAUCCACCUAGUAACUACAAGCCGAGGGAUGUAGUCAUCUAUCACUUGCCUAUUGUGUUAGAAGUCUUGGUCAAUGUCUGGCAUGUGUUUAGAAGACCUACCUGGAGCGAAGCAGUAAUCCAAACCAUGGGAGAAGCCAAAAUGCAUGCAAUGCUGCAUAGCUUUUCCUAUGCUGCUGACCAAGCCAAAGGACGUCUUGAAGUAAUUUUCGAAAAGCUCUUCAAGUACUCUAUUUCAGAUUUUGUAGAGGGCUUAAUUGAGAUUUUCUAUAUAGAGAAUCCAACUGCAUUAGAAAUAGAUCAAACUGCACGCGAAGAAGUCCUCCAAUCUACAACUGCAUUGGACGUCUUGGCAUGCACACCUACCAGCUCACCUCAGCAUAUUAUUUCCACCUUACUAGACAGCAUUCGCCAAAGAACACCAGGAAGCUAUCAACAACGGCGUCGCAAAAUACUUCGACAAGGAAAACUUUCGGACACGUCUAUACUAAGAUUUGCCGAAAUCUAUUGUAGUCAUAUUCAAAAUCCAGAAUCUAUUGUCUUGUUAUGGCCCAUGAUCCAUUCCUUCUCAAAAGACUACUUGUCGCAAGCCAGUACAUUCAAACUGUUCUUGCCUGGUUUGAUGCGAUUCUUGACAGUAGCUCUUGAAGAAUUAACAAAAUCAAAUGGCUAUGAACAUGAAAGACGCAUACGUAAGGAUGCACAAGAACUUUAUCAACGCUGUGUUGACUAUUGUAUUUUGAUUGCUGGAAAAUCUUUUGAUCAAAGCUUAUGGAUCCGGGGCAGAUCUACUAUUUAUGAUGAUCCAACAGGUGUAGAUGAUUCUUCUUCUAUUCAUACUGUCGAGUCAAAUGAUACUUCAUUUAACAAUAGUAUGGCCAGCAACAAUAAUAGCAGCACAGUAUCAUCUAUGGAUACAAUCACACGUAAUGUUUCUAUCAGCAACGUAUCUGAUAUGGAAAAAAAAACAAGCUGGAAACAAAGAGAAGAUGUAUUAAUCAACCAAGUCAAUCAAUAUCUUGCACAUCAAGUAAUUCCUCGUCUUCGUCUGCUUGUAGGCGAUAACGAUAGAAUCAAUUCACUUUUAAACAAUCUUGUUUAUUAUGUGAUUGGACCACUCUUAAAAUCUAAAGCUAAGAAUCCAUUGAUUCUGGAUCAAUUAUGCGAAAUGGCACGUAUGCCAUUCACCUACAAGACUUGGCGUAAAGAAGUCUGGGACGUGUUUAUCGAUAAUCGCUUCUUUUAUAUGAACAACACAACAGCUAAAAAGUGGAACACGAUCAUCCACACAGCAUUCUCAAUUGAAAAAGAACGCAUGACUGAGCUUAUGGCACGUAUCACUACCUCUCCUUCUACAACUUUUUUCUCCAACAAAGAUCAAGAAACACUGAAUCGAUCUUUGAAUUUACGAAGACUGUCCUUUGUGUUGUUUUCAGGCACUAGUGAUCAAUACGUGCCUCAGUUACCUAUUAUUCAAGAAAAGAUCGUCGAAUUACUUAAACUUGACCACAGUGAAAUGGUUCAUAUGGAGAUUUAUUUAUGCUUGCGUAUUAUUUUGAUGCGCUUUUCACAAAAGCAUUUAAUGAAUUUCUGGCCAGUGUUAAUUACUGAAUUAAUGCGCUUGUUUAAUUCGUUUGUAUAUAAUGACCUACAAGAUCGCCCUGAAGAAGCACAGAUUGCAUUAGCUGGAUGCAAAUUCUUGGAUCUUUUGUGUGCGCUUGAACUGGAUGCUUUUCAAAUUUACCAAUGGAUCUUCAUUCGCGAUACAGUCGAGACAAUUAUCGCACAGUCAGAAGGGCCUAUACCCAUCAUGGAAUCAUUGAAUGAAAAGAUGUCGACUGAAUCUAAUGAUGCCUUUGAUUUUUCGUUCUCAGAGACAAGUAUGCAGCCUUCUUUAGGAUCACUUAAGCGUCCGAUGUUGACAAUGCACAGUAUUGCCUCUAUACGUCAAUUGUCAUUCUUUAUUGAGCAUGUCGGUCUUUACGUCUACCAAUCGUCAUUCACUUUAUCCAAGCCCGAUCUCCCUUUUAUAGAAAGUUUAUUGCUCAGCGACCUUCUAGAAAAGGAUGUUUUACCAGAGUGAAACAACCAUGACAUCACAUUAAAAAAAAGUGGAAUAAUGCCGUAUUUUCAUUUCUUUUCUUUCAUUUCUUUCACGCU